GUUAGCUCGCUCAUUUUGCUUUAUGGUUUUAGGGUAAAAGAGGACAGAUACGUUGAAACAUGUGACACUGACUAGUAAACUCUUGUAACGCUAACUGACCGAAGGAGUGCUCGGUAAACGAGUCGUUGUUCAGCGCAAACUGAAACAAUAACUCCAGCUAGUGAAACAAGGGUCAAAAGCCCAGUUUAAUUCCCACUAUGUUAAAAUUCAGCUUCAGGAGGGAGAAAGACAAGGAGUUUAAGCACAUAGUUCACGGUUUGAUCCCUGCUGCCUCCAUUGCUCCAAAGCCAGCUGUGCCUCGUACCCCGCCCCCACGCAGCCCAGACCCCUCACCUGAGAGACCCAGAUCAGCCUUAGCAGCAGCCAUUUUGUCUUCUUCGCUCACUGGACAGACAUGGGCCAUUCCCCCCGCCCGGCUGAGGUCUUUCUCUGAGAGUGGCCGAUCAGAGUCCUUUAUAUCUGAACCAAACAUCAGCACAGCACUUUACACCAGAGACAGAUGGUCAGAGGAUUUAGCUAGCCGGCCACGGCUGUCCUCCCCUGAGCACUCAGAGGAGGAGUCGGAAGACAGGGAAGAGGAGGUGGAGAAUGAAGAGGACGGGGAAGAACAUGUUUACCAAAGUCUGGACAGACGGGAGAAUUGUUCAAUCACAGAACCUGUCUAUGCCCUGCCACUGAAACCUAAGACCAGUGCAUCCCAGUCAAAUCAGAUAUCUGGCAGAAGAGUGCCUUCUCCAGAUUUCUCUGAGGAAACCAGUGUCCAGUCUCCUGAAGCCAGCUGUGAGUCUUCCAAGAAGAAAGCCUCUACCAGGAAGAGACCUGGAAGUCGUAAAGAAGUUGUGCCUUGUAGAUCCACGCUGCCCAUCCUAACCACCGACCACGCCAGCCAAUCCAGCAAAGCCAAAAACCCAAAACACUCCACCCAGCCGUCUCCAGAGCCCAGCGAGGUGUACAGCGAGGUGCAGAGGGAGGCAGUGCGGACCCUGCCCGAGAGGAACACAAGGAUGGUAGAUGAACAGAAGCUACUGGAGGAGAGACUGCAACGGCUGGAACAGGAGAUCAGUCACAGCCAAGCCCCCUCAAACCUGAGGUCAUCUGCAGGCUGCCAGGCAGAGCUAAAGAAUUUGAGGCAACAUGCCCAGGAGCUGGUGGAUGAAAAUGACGCCCUCAAAUUGACAGUUCACCGUCUGAAUGUGGAGCUGAGUCGAUACCAAACCCGCUUCAGACCAUUAUCCAAACAGGAGAGCUCCAGAAUCAGCGGCUUGCCAAAGACAGGGUCUCCUCCUCCCUGGCUGCUUGACAUGAAGUAUUUAUCUCCUUUACUUCUGGCCUAUGAAGACAGGAUGAACGAGAAAGAUGAACUUCUGCAAACCACUGAGGAGGAGGUGAAGAGGUUGCGUGUUCAUGUGGAGGAGGUGAUCAAAGAAAAUGAGAGACUCCAUGAUGAAAUUGCAAAGAUCGGAGGGGUCAGCCAAAAGGACUGUCAUCAACUACAACAGCAGGCCUUACUGGUUUUGCAGGAGAACCAGGUUCUGAUUGAUCAGCUCGAGGCUCAGCAUGUUAAGGCCAAGGCCAGCCACAGCAGACACCAUUCUGAAGUUUCCAAGGUAUCUAAGCAACUGAUGUUGUUAGAGGCUGAAAAGCAGCGUUUGCAAGAUGACCUGGAAGAAACCAGGAGAGAGGUGCAGAAAAAUGUGAGGGAGGUCCAGGUUCUGCAGGCCCAGCUGAAGGAUGCCAUAACGUGGGACGAACACUGCGACCUUGUUGGGAAACUCAGACGCAAUACAGAUAGUUGGUGUUUUAAUGGGCUGCUACACACCUGUUCUGGGCUUCAGGUGCACAUUGGGCAGCAGAGAAUGGAGGCUGAGCUGGAGCUCAACAAACGAGCCAACAGGAAGACUGAGAGGAGGAUGAGUGUAUUGAUGCGACAGAAGGAAGAGUGUGUGUUGAAAGAGGAAAAGACUCGGCAUUACAUGGGAGCUGUGAUUUCUGUGGCGGAGCACGUUUCCCGGGAGAGAGACCAACUAUUACAGAUGGCUUCGGUUCUUCAGCAGGAAAAGCAGGGAUUCAUCAGCAGGAUUCUGAAUGGCACAGUUCGAUUUGGAAAACUACAGGAAGAAGUCAAAGUGUACCGGAGGCAGGCGUCAACCAGACUGGCAGUGUUGGAGGAGGCAGCGGAGGGGAGGACAGCUUCUUACCAGAGGGAGAUCCUUCACCUGCAGAGGCUGCUAAGAGAAAGACAGGAGGCUGAGGAGAGACUACUGCAGUCCAAACGGGAAGUAGAGGAAGAGUUGGAGGUGGUGUGGCAGGCAGCAACUAGGGAGAACCAGCAGAUGAGGGAGACACUCCUGGACUCAAAGCUCACAGCAAAACUCUUUUCCAGCAGUGCUUCUCCUGACUGGCCCUCUCAGGCUCCAGAGGAGGCCACUACUUCCACUCAGUAUCAACCACACAGCUCUGGGCCUCCCCUUUUCACUUCUCAUCAAAGCCCCGGGCUUCAGAGAAGGGCCAUGUUUAAAUCCGACACAGAUUACCAAAACAACUCCUUGGACGAGAAGCAUAAGCAUGGGCUGGAUUUCUAUUGCUAAACCUCUUGGAAACAUAAGAUAGACAGGGUAGACACUAUAGUUUAGUUACUUUCAGAUAAAUAAAACCUUAAACUCUCUGUAACACACUCAUAAGUGAGCAUUGGUACGUUCACUUAACACUUUUUUUCUGCUGUUUUAUUCAGCUUAGUUUUGAGAUGGCCAAACAUACCUGACUUCAGUCUGGGUUGUCAGAAAGACUUCUAUUUUAUGUAGAAAAAAUGUGUUUGUGUUAAAUUAGUCUCAGGUUUUUAUAGACUGUGCCAAGUAUAAUACAUAAGAAGUAUACCUAAUCGUGGAGAAAGUUGUUUGAUUAAGGAUAUUGUGUGUUAUAGCCAAUGUUGCCAUCUGCUGGAUACAAAUGGUUUUUUCAUUAUCACAUUAGCAACAUUACAUAGUACACAACAGGCACAACAUUUAGCUACACUUGAUUGGUGUGUGUGUGUGUGUGUGUGUGUAUGUGUGUAUAAGGUAUAACUUAAAGCUGCUGUAGGUAAUUUCUAUAAAAACAAUAUUUUGUCAUAUUCGCUGGAGCUUUCAUUAAAUCCUGACAGGAGUACAUCAGACAGGCUCCUCUGGCUCAUUCUACCACUCCUAACGGUAUUUGCAAGAAUCCACUGGGCCUGAAUGAAAACAACUAAUCGGAGCCAAGGAAAAUAGUUGAUUGUUGAGUCUCAUUCCCAGGGUGUCAAACACACACUUCAGGAAUCUGGGAAUGACACUCAAAAAUCAACUAUUUUACUUGGCUUUGAUUGGUUGUUUUCUCGUAAAUGCUAUUAGGAGCACUAGGAGGAGCCAGAAGAACCAGAUUUCUUCAUAGAUUAUCUGUGUCAUGUACUUCUGUCAGGAUAUAGUGUGUAACUUUCAGCAAAUAUGACAACAACAAAAAAACCUGCUGCAGCUUUAAGACAUGUCAUGCAAACACUUUAUAAAGCUGUUUAUCACAGGAACUCAUUGUGGCUGUAUAUUCAAGAGUUACUGUUGAUGGUAUUUCAGGGGAUGUCUUUUUUUUUAAAUAAUAAAUGUAGAAUAAAAAAAGUGUUGGAGUAAAGUAAGUGUUUAUACUCAAAGAAAUGCACAUAUAUUUAUACAUGCAUAGCUCUAUUUUCAUAUUAUUAUUACCUUGCCUAUCAGAUUCUUUUUUUGGACA